AUGGCCUCCUACGUCCCGUAUGCCGUCGGCGUCCUCGGUGUAUGGGCAGCCAUCACCUUCACUCAGCACCCUUUUUACCGCCACCAUGAUACUUGCGAUAACUUAGCCUCCAUUUUAGACAACCGAGUCUUCGCCUCCAGCUCUGCAGAAUACAAGGAGUCGGUCUCCUCUUACUUCAGUUUUCAAGAGCAGAACCUCCAGCCGGCUUGUGUCGUCCAGCCAACAACCGCGCAAGAGCUAUCUGCAGCAAUCGUGCUCCUGGCGCGCGAUUAUCAUGACCAUGGCCAGCAGUUCGCCAUCCGCAGCGGCGGCCAUAUGAUCCCCGGCGGCGCCGCAAAUAUCCAUGGCGGCGUGACGAUCGAUCUUCGCGCUAUGAACGAUAUAGACCUGAGCAGCGACCGAUCGAAAGUGCAGAUUGGAACCGGCGCAACCUGGGGCCAGGUAUACAAGGUGCUCGAUCCGCUCAACAUUACCGUUACCGGUGGACGGGCUGCCUCGAUCGGGGUCGGCGGGUAUCUGACUGGCGGCGGUCUCUCUGCGCUUGGUCCAGCAACCGGUUGGGGCUGUGACAAUGUCCUGGAAGUCGAGGUGGUCCUUGCAAGUGGUGAAAUUGUCCAGGCUUCGCGUACGUCAUAUCCUGAUCUAUUCGUUGCUCUUCGCGGCGGAUCCAACAACUUUGGCGUGGUCACCAAGUUCACCAUGGCUGCUCAUCCGUCCAACGGGAUCUGGGGCGGGUUCAUGGCUUACCCUGAGAGCGAGGUGCCGCGCCAGAUCAGGGCCUAUUCAGAUUUCAUGCAAUCAAGAAGCGUUGACAGUCUAGCGGACCCGAUCCAGAGCUACGGCUGGACCUCGAAUCGGCGGGUAUUGUUCGGCACCAAUAUCCUCCUGUACGCGAAGCCUCAUCCCCACCCUCCAGUCUUGCAGUCCUUCAUAAACAACACGACCACGCUUCACAGCACUCUGCGAAUCACCACAAUGGCGGACUUUGCUGAGGAGGAGGAUCGGUAUCAGAUUCCAGGCUUCUACUACAGUACCCUAUACUUUACCACGACCUUUGCCCACGACCCGUCGGUCUAUGCACCCAUCGUUUCUGAGUUCAACAGAUCCUGCCACGCCGUUUCCGCCGUCGAAAACAUGAACUGGUACAUGAGUUUCCAGCCCAGCGCGGCGCUGAACGGUGAGAAUAGUCUUGGAUUGGAUCCCAGGGAUGAGCGGCUGAAUAUCAUCAUCCUGGUCGCCUUCUUCCCAAGUCCAGAGGACAGUACAGUAGUGCGAAACGCAGCCAAUGACCUGAUCCGGUCGAUUGAGGAGAUUACUAGGGCGGCCGGCGUGUAUCGCCCGUUCAAGUACUUGAAUUAUGCCGAUGACAGCCAGGAUGUGAUAGGUGGGUAUGGGGAACAGGCCAGGGCUGCACUCCAGGCUGCCAGUCGUAAAUAUGACCGGGAGGGCGUAUUUCAGAGUGCGGUGCCCGGGGGGUACAAGUUGUUUGCUUAA